AACUUUGUUGUAAUUUUGUAACUUAACCAAAAUAUUUAUCAAUAAAAUGUGAUAUCUUAAUGUGUUAUAUAAUUUCAAAGCUUUAGUGUAAAUAUAUUAUGUGUUUUAAUAUUUAUUAGAAAGUGAAUUUUGUGAACGCUCUUAGGAACAAAAUAAUGGAAUUCCAUUGCUAAAAAUGCGGUUACAUUUGAAACAAGGGACGUAGAAGAAUGCUAUGAUGGCGGAAUUUCUGCCCCUUUGCGAUGUUCUGUUUAACGUGAUAUCGUUGGCCGGUUACUUUUGCGAUGUAGUAUUCGAUCUUGUCAUGGGCUACGCUCUCUUAGAGCGGGGGUAUAAGGGCACCUUUGCUGCUACGUUGUCAAUAGUUAUCACAUCACUAUUGAUAUCACAGGUGCUAUCAAUUCGCUGGUACCUCCACAUGUGGUGGGCAAGCGAGGGUCGUAAGGGCCGCCCGCCCUGGCUGCCUAUAUUGUUGCAUUGUCUGCAAGUGGGAGUCCUUUGGAGGUACGCGAGGUUGUUGGUUCCAGUUGAGCUUAGGCGAGUGAAACAUCAAGUACGGGAUUUAUGCAUGCUACGUUUAGUACAUGCGUUCUGUGAAGCAGCGCCAAUGUUACUCUUGCAACUGCACAUUCUACUGAAGGAAGCUCACCUUGAACCAAUCUCCACGGAAUUGGGGGUCACACCUGAACCUAAUAUUGAUGAACCAGCUGCGAAUAAAGCCUUUGCCGAACUGAAUGUGAUAUCGGCUAGUUUGUCAUUAUUCUCCGUGUGCUGGGCGUUAGCGAGUUUCAGUAAAAAUGUCCGGAUGCAGAAUGUUCAUCGCUUGGUGCUCACUUGGCUUGGUGUUAUAUUUCAAUUCCUGUGGCGGCUCGGGACCAUAUCGGCGCGCGUUUGUUCCCUCACCGUAUACGCUCUAGUCUAUGAAUACUGGGUUUUCUUAGUUAUAGGUCUGCAUUGGGUGUCGAUGUUUCUUUGGCUGAUUUCCCCGAAGAAUGUGUUCCACGGUGAGAGAAUCAGCCGUCCAAGGAAGGCGUAUCUCUCGGCUCUCAUCGCUUUUGUCUAUGUCUUUGCGUACAUCAACCUGCAGGAUACAAAUCAUAGACAAAAAAUGGUGAUAUUCUACUGCGUGAUGAGCAUAGAGAACUGCAUACUGAUCACCGCCUGGUGGUGGUCCGGGGCCCGGGUGGGUCCGCCCCCUUCCAGGCUGGCUCCUGCGACAGCCGCUGCCUUCUUGGCUGGACUGGGCUGUAUGCUGCUAUAUUACAGGUAUUUUCACGUGAGGCGACUUGGCUACAUGUUGGGAGACCAACAAGGCACAAACAGUACUAACGCCUCUUCUAAUAAUAAGAACGGCAAAUCAUGUCAAAAUGACCACACCGUCAUACCAGGGGUGUUUAAUUGUAGAUUCACUAAUCCAGUUAACAGCAGUGCAGCAAAUGGGCGGAAGAAGAAAAAGCCGACGUCCUUCGUGCCCCCUCCCGCGGCCCCCGCCCCCGCUGCCUUCUGGCGGAGACCUUUGCCUGCGGCUCAUAAUCAUCAUGUAAGGGUUCAAACGGCAUGGCUCGGCGGCUCAUCCGAAAACGAAGGCUCCAGCGUCGGCUCCCGCGUCAACAUCCAACAGAAACUACAAGAGAAGAAGCAAAAACAACUCGCGGAACUGCGAGUAAUUGAAGAAGAGAUAAAACAGGGGAAAUUGGCGAAAACGACUCCAGUAGCCGUCGAAGAGAUUUACAGCAGUCUGCAGAGGCAGCCGAUACCCAGGGCCAAAACACACGCGGAACCAGCCUGGCCGAGCAUAGAAGUCACCCACUCUUACCAAAACUACCCCAUCCCGAACUACCCGACUUACACGGAAAUAAACACGGACGCAGAGAAACGCCCGUUUCAAGACAGAACAUUCUACGAAAAUCCAGCAAAUCUGAGGGACGGCCAAAUAAACCGGAUGUACGAGGCGAAUAGAAUUAACAGUCCGCGGUUCACGGAUGUCACCUACGACUCGGCCACAGAUAAAAGGCAGUACACGGAGGACAGACAGGAGUACGACCAGUUCAAAUACGAGGACAAUGUGCAGGGUAACCCCGAGAAUUUGAGGGUGUAUGAGUGCCAGUUUAACUGUGUCUACCCGUACUCAGGCGUGCAAGGAAAGAAAAUCGAGCAGAUUAGGAAAAUGCAAAGAUGUAGGACUCCGGAAAUAUUACUCGCGCCGCAUUAUUUGGAGGGGUGCAAUAGACAAGUCUGCUGUCAUUGGCCCAGUACUUCUGGAAGAAAGAAAGAAGAUGGCGGUAGUAGUGCGGAACAAUCCAGUCCGGAGAAUGCGCGUGAGACGCCCAGACCGCCCAGUGAUAUCGAUAGUCAGAUAUCUCUGCCUCGCUCGUAUACGUUACCUCGUGAGUUCCGCUACUGGAGAAGGCGGCCGAGGUUAAGGGACGCUCAUCUUCCCAGCAAUAAUAGUAGUGAUGGUGACGUCGACAGCGGAGACAAUGAAAGCGAUCAUCGCUCAAAUUGUUCAGCUAGUCAGCUUCAUCCACAAACGUACGGAGAAUUCUACCGACCCCCUGACAUGAUCCCACGGGAAGAGAGAUACGACGGCGUUUAUGGGGCAUGUGAUCGGCGGCCCAGACGAGCCAGGAAGCCUGGGCCUAAACCGGAAACUAAGUUAUAGAAUUCUAUCAUCUUUGGUCCAUUGACAAGACUGAACGACUCAUAGAUAUGGAGUUAACAUAGCUGUCAGUUUGACACUUGCCAUUUCUCACUGACACAGCUUAUGAGCGUAGCGUAGAAUCGCUAGUUUUUUUGUUAUUCAAGGUUAUCUUAAUUGUUUAUAACAAAACUUUGAUUUCUUUAUAAAUAUUACGUCAAAUAUUUUCUUGUAAUGAAUAAGUGUAUCAUAUAAGAACGAUUCUCACAAAUAUUAUCCUUAAACAAUUGCUUUACUAAUUUAUUGCUUAGAAAACCUCAUUAACGAUUAUUAUAAGAUACAAAUGUUACACUUUGCACUAGAGGGCUUGUUCGCUGACACCACUCUAGACGAUUUUAAUUAAAUUCUUUAAAAAAUAAAAGUGUCAUUUUGAACUGAUGGCACUUUCCAGAUUCCUUAGGUCUUAAAACAUUUUUUCGGUUAUGUGACUGAUUCAAACGAUGAUACGCCUCCAAUAAAACAGAGCGCUCGAGUGCAAAGUUAAAUCAAGUCAACUAUUUUUGCUCAAAUUUUACUUUUUAAGUGACAAAUAUCAAUUAUUUUCAAAAACUUUAAAAUUACCUUUGUACAAUAUCACGAUUUCUUUAACGUCAUAUUAAUUGUAUAUCUAACUAUUUAUUAGUUUAUCUGACACUGUGAACUAUAAUAAAAAAUCCGUCCAAUCAGUACUUAUUAACCGUUGACCAUAUUAUAUAAAGUUUAGUUUUAUUGUAAAGAUGAUAUAUUUAGUCCCAAAGCUUUUGCAUGGGAACCAGGGUAGGAUUUAGAGGGAGACUUCAGGACAACAAAGGAGUGGACCUUUGGUCCCAAAAUAUUUCAUAAAAUGUAGAUUUUUUUCAGUCGAGUUUUUCAAUUAAUAAUAAUUUACUGCAGUAUGUAGAUGCGUUUAGUAUUUAACAAACAUUAAAAUAUAUCAAAAUGUUUACUCGUCUGAAUUUAAUAUAUUUUUUACAAAGUCUAUUGUGUGGGCCCCAGGGCUAUAACCCGUUGCCCCUCCCUAAAUAUGGAAAAAAAUCUCAGUCCAUAUAACUUGGCAGACAAAGUACUCCAUUCUCCACUCCACUUUAUUUAUUUGGUGUAGCCUAAUUGUACAAAACGUAUGUAAAUAUUCAUGAAAUAAAAGCCUCUUCAAUGUUU